CAUUGAAACCGGGCGGAUAGAACCAAACGUCCACGCCCCGCUCUCUCCGUCUUCUUCACCCCGUCCCGAUGAGCGAGACCCACGCCCGCCGACUUAUAAGAAAGGCCCCGAUCAGGAUCAGCCGACUCAUCAGUCCCAGCGCAAAACAAACAAAAAAAAGCAGCCCCGCAGGAAGCGGGGGAGGGUUUUGGGGGCGGAGCAGAGGUCAAUCGCGCGUACCUGCGGCUAGCUGCGCGCAACGCGGAGGAGGAUGAGUGCUCCGGGAGGCGGCGAUGAGGCGGCGGCGCCGCCGCACCUUGUCUUCGCCUACUACAUCACCGGCCACGGCUUCGGCCACGCCACCCGCGCCCUCGAGGUGGUGAGGCACCUGAUCGGGGCCGGCCACGACGUGCACGUGGUCACGGCCGCGCCGGAGUUCGUCUUCACCACCGAGAUCGACUCCCCCAGGCUCCACCUCCGCAGGGUCCUGCUCGACUGCGGCGCCGUCCAGGCCGACGCGCUCACCGUCGACCGCCUCGCCUCCCUCGAGAAGUACCAUCAGACGGCCGUGGUGCCCCGCGAGGCGAUCCUCAGGACUGAAGUGGACUGGCUCAACUCCAUCAAGGCCGACCUAGUGGUUUCGGAUGUAGUCCCUGUGGCGUGUAGGGCGGCUGCAGAUGCUGGCAUUCGCUCCGUGUGCGUCACCAAUUUCAGUUGGGACUUCAUUUAUGCAGAGUAUGUUGUAGCAGCUGGACAUCAUCAUCGCUCAAUUGUGUGGCAGAUAGCAGAGGAUUACUCACACUGUGAAUUCUUACUGCGACUUCCUGGAUACUGCCCUAUGCCUGCUUUCCGUGAUGUCAUUGAUGUGCCUCUUGUGGUGAGAAGAUUGCACAAAUCUAGAUCCGAGGUGCGAAAGGAACUAGGAAUUGCGGAUGAUGUUAAGGUGGUCAUUUUUAACUUUGGAGGACAGCCAGCAGGAUGGAAACUGAAGAGAGAGUGGUUGCCUGAUGGUUGGCUUUGUUUGGUCUGUGGUGCAUCUGAUACUCAAGAGCUUCCUCCAAAUUACAUUAAGCUUGCAAAGGAUGCCUACACACCAGAUUUAAUGGCAGCAUCUGACUGCAUGCUUGGAAAAAUUGGAUAUGGUACCGUGAGCGAGGCUUUGGCAUACAAGCUUCCGUUCGUAUUUGUUCGUAGAGAUUAUUUCAAUGAAGAGCCUUUUUUGCGGAAUAUGCUUGAGCAUUAUCAGUGUGGCAUUGAGAUGAUACGGAGGGAUUUACUUACUGGACACUGGAAACCUUAUCUGCAACGUGCUUUAACACUUCAGCCCCGCUAUGAUGGUCCAAUAAAUGGUGGUGAGGUGGCUGCACAUAUCCUCCAGGAUACUGCUGUUGGGAAGAAGUAUAUUUCCGGUAAGUUGAGCGGGGCAAGACGAUUACGUGAUGCCAUAGUGCUUGGAUAUCAACUACAAAGGGCUCCAGGGCGAGAUGUAGGAAUUCCUGAUUGGUAUUCUCUCUCUGAGAAAGAAAUCGGUGUUCGCCCAGCACCCACACCUCAUAAGAUUAAUGGAAGUGCAGAAUCAUCUUUUGAGGACUUCGAGAUACUCCAUGGGGAUAUGCAAGGAUUAACUGAUACGAUGGCUUUCUUGACGAGUUUAUCCGGACUUGUUGGAAGUGAUCCAAGGAGUCCCGAGAAGCAAUCCCGAGAGAGGACUGCUGCUUCUGUGCUCUUUGACUUGGAGGAAGAAAUAUAUGUUGCAAGAGCACCUGGACGAUUAGAUGUCAUGGGUGGUAUUGCAGAUUAUUCAGGAAGUCUUGUAUUGCAGAUGCCCAUCCGAGAGGCCUGUCAUGUUGCUAUUCAGAGAAGCAAUCCUAUCAAGCAGAAGCUAUGGAAGCAUACUGAGUCUAGACAGCUAGCAAAUGGAGCAGUGCCAGUGUUACAAAUUGUAUCAUUUGGCUCUGAAUUGAGUAAUCGUGCACCGACCUUUGAUAUGGACCUGUCUGAUUUUAUGGAUGGUGAAAAACCAAUAUCCUAUGAUAGGGCCAAAGAAUAUUUCUCACAGGACCCAUCCCAGAAAUGGGCUGCCUAUGUUGCUGGAACAGUUCUUGUGCUGAUGACUGAACUAGGUGUGCAGUUCACAGACAGCAUGAGCAUUCUGGUUUCUUCGUCUGUUCCUGAAGGCAAAGGUGUCUCUUCUUCUGCAUCAGUGGAGGUUGCUACCAUGUCUGCUAUUGCUGCUGUCUAUGGCUUAAACAUUGCUCCAAGGGAUCUUGCUAUACUCUGUCAAAAGGUUGAGAAUCACAUCGUUGGAGCUCCUUGUGGGGUAAUGGACCAAAUGACAUCUGCUUGCGGAGAAGCUAACAAACUUCUUGCAAUGGUUUGCCAGCCUGCAGAAGUGAAAGAAUUGGUUAGCAUUCCAACUCAUAUACGGUUUUGGGGUCUUGACUCUGGGAUAAGACAUAGUGUUGGUGGCACUGAUUAUGGAUCUGUGAGGGUAGGCACCUAUAUGGGGCGCAAAAUGAUUAAGUGUGCUGCAUCAGACCUACUUCUGCAAUCGUUCCCAUCUACUCCUAUGCAAUUGGGCGACACAAACUCUGACGGAUAUGAAGAGCAUGGUGUGGAUCUUCUGAAAUCCGAAGCUUCACUGGAGUAUUUAUGCAACUUACCACCUCAUAGAUACGAAGCUGCCUAUGCAAGAGAUAUUCCUGAGAUAAUUACCGGGGGUGCAUUUUUGGAGAAAUACGGAGAUCAUAAUGAUGCAGUAACAGUUGUUGAUGCAAAAAGAUCUUACAGUGUGAAGGCUCCUACUAGACAUCCCAUAUACGAGAACUUCCGUGUUGAGGCCUUCAAAGCACUGUUAACAGCAGCCAAAACAGACGAGCAACUUUCAGCUCUUGGAGAGCUUAUGUAUCAGUGUCACUACAGCUACAAUGCUUGCGGGCUUGGUUCUGAUGGGACCGAUAGGCUAGUUAACCUAGUACAAGAAAUUCAGCACAGGAAAUCCACAUCACAAAAUGGAGGUCCUAGUCUAUUUGGUGCAAAGAUCACUGGUGGAGGUUCUGGUGGUUCGGUUUGUGUAAUUGGGAAAAAUUGCCUGAAAAGUAGUGAUGAGAUUUUUGAGAUUCAGAAAAGAUACAAAGCAGCCACUGGGUAUCUGCCGAUUGUUUUCGAGGGCUCAUCUCCUGGUGCUGGCAAAUUUGGAUACCUGAAGAUUCGAUGGCGGUCUACAUAAAAUCUGCCUCACUGCAAACAUUUGUCAAGAACCAUGGUAUAGGUUGUUCACAUCGAACGCGAUGACACAUCAGGCUACCAAUACGUCAAAGAUACUGGUGUAGUAAUGGUACAAUUUAUACAAUAAUGGCAACAAUCUGGCGUAGCCUUGCUGAGGAAGUGGCUGGCUUGCUCUGCAAUAUGUAAAAGCAUGAUUCUGAUCAAAUGGAAUGUCAAUAGGGCAAAUAAAAUACGUAGUACUAGUAGUGUAGUAGUAGUGGGUAACCACUUGAUUGGUCCUGGAACUUUCUAUAUGUAUGAAGUAGCUCAGUAGAUAUCUACCAAGAACAUUGCUGAAUUUGCGUGAUGUGUUCUAGUUUUUUCACCCAUGGUGCAGACAGAGACCAGCACAAGCUUGUGACAGAAUGUGAACUGAGUUUACUUAGCUUA